UUUGCCGCCUACUCUGCAAAUGCCGGAGAUGCCUCCCAAUUUUCAGAUGAUGGAGGCAAGAAGGAUAAAGAGAUCGUCUUCGUUGCUAAGGCCGUGGUGGAUCGAUUGGACGAGCUAGAUCCCUCGCAGGGCGUCGUGCACCACGAGGGCGUGAAGAUCGAGGUCUUCGGUGCCCUGCCGGGCGAGGAGAUCUCCUUCACGCGGCCCGUCAAGAAGAGGAACGCCACCCUCGUCGAGGUCAUGAAGGCAUCCGAGCACAGGGCGCUGCCUCGGUGCGGUGUCUACGGCCGGUGCGGUGGGUGCUCCCUGAUGCACAUGACCCACGAGAAGCAGCUCGAGGUCAAGCACCAGCUGGCGCUCGACGUGCUGCGUCAGGAGGGAGUGGAGCCCGCGGAAGUGCUGCCGCCGCUCCACGCGCAGCAGUACGGCUAUCGCCACUCGGCACGGCCCAACGUGCGCCAUCUCGAGGAUCGCGAAGACCGGGUCGGGGGCAAGGUCCUCGUCGGAUUCCGUCACAAGUGGGUCAUGGGCUCCCAGCCCGUGGAUCGCUGCGCAGUGUUGGCCGAGCCCAUCAACUCCUUCUUCCAAGACGCGGCUGACGUCAUCAACCGUAUGUCCGUGCGCGACAAGGUGCCCACGGUGGAGGUUAUGAUGGGCGACACCGAGAAGGCGCUCCUCCUUCGACACCUGAGUCCACUCUCCAGCCAGGACAAGCGACUGCUCACCGAGUUUGCCCGCGCCCAAGGCUUCCACCUCUACACCCAGGCUGAGGGCAUCGACUCUAUCAAGCUUUUCUACUCGCCCACGGGCUUCGUUCCGUCGGCUCCGCCCGUGGAGGUCUCGGCCGAGCCCUUCUCGCCGCUGUUCUACACCCUGCCCAACCACGGCGUGAAGAUCCACUUCAACCCGACCGACUUCAUCCAGGUCAACAGCGAGGUCAACAGGAAGCUGGUGGACCAGGCGAUCGAGUUCCUCGAGCUCACCAAGAAGGACCGUGUGCUCGACCUCUUCUGCGGCCUGGGCAACUUCACCCUGCCCGUCGCCCGCUACGCCAAGUCGGUCAUGGGCGUCGAGUGGCAAGAGUACACGGUGCAGAAGGCGAGGACGAACGCGCUGAUCAGUGGACUCACCAACGUCACCUUCCACUCCGACGAUCUGCUGAACCCCAAGGGCCUCCGGUGGCUCAAACCGGGCAAGGUCCAAUUCAACAAGAUGGUCAUUGAUCCUCCGCGAUCGGGCGCCAUUGCGGUGCUAGAGCGUCUGUUUGCCGAGCAUGGUAUGCGGCCGGACCGUAUCGUCUACGUUUCGUGCAAUCCCGAGACGCUGGCCAGAGAUCUCGCCUUCCUCCAGACGCAGGGCUACGCCACCGAGAAGAUGCGCACCGCCGACAUGUUCCCCAACACCAACCACAUCGAGUCCAUCGCCCUGCUCCAGCACAUCGAGCCCAACCGAAAGUCAACAACGCGACCGGCGGCCGCUGCCGGCGCCCAGUGA